AGCCUCCGUGUGGGAGCCUGGCGGCUCUUUGGGAGAAGAAGCCGCAAGAGCAGAUCAUGCAGCAAAAGAGCCAGUAGAGGAUACAGAUCCCAGCACGCUUUCCAUAACCAUGGGUGCUAAGCGUGCCAGUCUUACGCUGAGACAAGACGUCUAUCAGACUGAAAAAUACCCUGUCCAAGAUACAGGAGCUCCUAAAGCCCAGGAGUACCUCACUGAUCAAGUUACACUGGAAAUUGCCUCUGUCAACAUCAGGACUCUAACUUCAGAUUCUGGCCUAGUCCAACAGCCAGAAGACAAAGACUCAGAAAACCAUACUGAUGAAUCACUUUCAGAUCUCAAGAAAGCCUGCAAGGAAAAUGGCACCUGCUCCUUGUGCUUAUUUCGUGCCCCGACCAUCAGUGACAUGCUCAAUGAUGAGGACUUGUUGUACACCGUGAGACUCAAGCUGGAUCCCUGCCACCCAACAGUGAAAAACUGGAGGAAUUUAGCAAGCAAAUGGGGGAUGACCUACGAUGAGUUGUGUUUCCUUGAGCAGAAGCCCCAGAGUCCUACCUUGGAGUUCUUGCUACGCAACAGCGACAGGACUGUGGAGCAGCUGAUUGAGCUCUGUAAAUUUUAUAAGAGGGUUGAUGUUGUGAAAGUGCUACUGAAAUGGGUGGAGGAAGAAUGGCCCAAAAGAGGCAACAGAACCUACCAGAAUGACUUCUAGGUCAAAGAAAUUGUUAGUCUYUGUUGGUUAGAAGUUGGGACUAGCUGCUGUUAGCAGAUGGGGAAACGUCCCAUUGCCAAAGAAAAGAACCCAUAACAACAGUUCGUAUACUUGCUGUACUGUGUACACAUGCAUAUAUGCUCUCUGCCCUCAGGGUUGCAAAGAAAACCGCUCCAAAGCAAGCCGAGUAGGGCAGGUUGUGUUCUUAAGUCUACAAACACCUUCGGUUUCUUUGCUGCUCUUUGUAGGCUUCCUAAGCAGAAGAAGAAGGGAAAAGCCUGACCUCUGCUUCUGCCAUAGGAGUUGUGAACCAAGUCAKUUGUGCCUUGCUGCAGUGAGGAAAGCCAUGCUGAGAAGGCAGGUCCCUUGGCUUUGCUGGCAGCCUUUCCACGGGUGUUUUUUUAUGUGUUCUACCUACUACCGGAUGAGGCAGGGUUGAUUUGUUUGUUUUUCUUUUGUUUUGUUUGUGAUUUUUGC